GGAUGAUGCCCUUCUGGGCAUGCCCCACCUGCGCCUGCCGAGGUAUUUAAGGUGCCCCGCCAGGGAUCAGCCCCUGCCCAGCUCCGAUCCCACGAUGAAGGUUCUCCUCGUGCUCCUGCUGGGAGCCCUCCUGUGCCUGCACUCAGGUUCCUCUCUGGAAUGUUACAGCUGCAAGUCCCAGCUCAGCAACUCCAAGUGCCUGACCAAGACGAUGUGCAGUGCCAAGGACACGUCUUGCAAGACAGAUGUGAUCCGGGUCGUGGGGCUCUUCAGCAUCAUCAGCAAGGGCUGUGACUCGUCCUGUGAAAGCUCCUACCAGGACUUCAACGUGGGCAACAGGAACGUGUCCUGCUGCGGCAGCGACCUCUGCAACGCCAACGCUGCAGGCUCCGUCAGGUCCAGCUACGGGAUGGCAGGAGGGGUAGCAGCUGGCCUGCUCUGCCUCUUCCUGAACAACAAGCUGUGAGGAGCCAAGAGGCCUCCCGUGAGCACGGGAAGUCUCGGAGCAGCCGUCCGGAGGCAGGAAUUGUAAGCAGGAGCGCCGCGGUGUGCCGGGCGCCCGGCACCCUUG